AUGACGUCACGGACGGUGCUGCUACGGCAGGAGAGAGUCUUCAUCAGAAAUCACGUCCAUGGUGACUGCGGCCUGGAAUACGGCGGGUCCCACCUGAUCUUCACCAAAGGUACUCUUUCCUUGGCUUCUUUUUAUUUAUAUCAUAGUAUGGUAAUAGGUAUAUAUAUUGUGUUGUGGCCGGACAUUUUACCAUAUUACCAUAUUAUUUAUGAUGUCUUCCAAGUAAAUAAAGAAUAUUAAUUAUAUAAUUAUAGAGUUGUACUUACCUUUGCAAUUGUAUAAUUUUUUUAAUCCUUGUAUUAUUUUAUAUUUAAGUUUUUUUAAUUGUUAUAUGUGUGUGUGUAUAAAUAUAUAAAUGAAUGAAUUAAUAAAAAAAUAAAUAUAUUUAAUAAUAUAUAUAUUAUUUUUUCUUAUUUAUUUAUUUAUUUAUUCAUUUCUUUAUUUAUUUACUGUUUCUCGUGGCCUAAAUCUGUACCUCGGAAAGUAUUGUUCUUAGAAGAGGUCAAGUUCCUGAUAAUUUGAUCAUAUUCAUGGACCAUGUCAGCUCUCUUUGUGCUAGCUAUUGAAAGGAGGUGUGGGGGGGUCUCCUUCCUUUAGUGAACUGAUGCAGAAAAGAGGGAAAGGACAGGCAAUUUUCUAUUGAAAUGAAUUGAGAUUCCAGAGGUCAGAACUUACUUCACACCCUUUUAAACCGUGUAUUUUUCAAAAUGCACAUUACUUUUUAAAUUAAAAAAAACAAAACUUGGAAAUUAACGUGAGUCAGAAUUACUAGCAUCUAGAAAAAGAAAAAAGCAUUCAGAAAAUCUGCAUCCAGUUUCCAUGGUAACAAAAAUACUCUGCGCCCUUACUUUUUUUUCCCCCAAAAUGUAUUUAGCAUCGUUUGUAGUCAAAAUGUGCAUUGUCUAUUCAUCAGAAACAAAUACCUACAUGCUGGUGUAUUGUACAUGUACUCAAUGUCAAUUGUAGUAAUAAUAUUAUUAUUGCAUUUAUGGAAUACCAAAAUACUGUACCGCACAAUGCAGUGAACACACACAAUAUACAAGCAAUAGAUGGCAUUACAAAUUUAAUUAUACUUAAAUUAAAGGUGGAUGCUUCUUCUACAUGGGCCUUUGGGACUAAAGGAAGCCUAGGUCUAGUUGUUAUAUUGUACUAAAUGAUUAAAGUUUUACCUCUAUCCUUGUGACCUAUCAGUUUUAUAUAGGCAUAAUAACACAGGGUCAAUUGAUUAAAUGUCUUCAACGUAAAGUCUUAGUUAGGCCUGAUCAGUCCCAUCACAUCCUAGCAGUCAAAGACUAAAGUCAAUUAAGUUGCAAUUAUUGCAUUUUAAAUUUAGGAAAGAACAGAGUUUGAUGUCUGUUCUCUAUAUAGUAAAUGGGUCAAGUUGAUAAUCACGCUGCAAAAUUGAAGCCAAAAUGGCAGAAUUUAACUAAAUAUCAAUAAAUGCAAAUUAUCUACUCUGCUCAACUGGAGAUUUUUUUCUCUCUCGGUUAAGCAAUUUUAAGUCACAUUUUUAAUUUGUUGGUCAAGUCACGACAAGUUGCUGUAAAAUCAUUAGAGGUUUUUAGGGUUAUUGAUUGCCUUGAUGUAAGCUAAAUCUAAAAUAUUUGGAGAAAUUGAAUGAUCCUUGUAAUCUCAACCACAGUAGGUAGAGGGUCAGUGAAGCAGUGUCUUUGUCAGUUGUGGUAUUGUUACAGAAGGCAUAUCUCAUUAUAAUUAUUGCUCCACAGAAUAAAUGUAUUGGUUGUGCAAAUGCUUUUAAAAUGGGGAGUACAUUGGUCCAUGGCGUAUUAUCCCAGGUAGAGAUUUGGUGACUUGGGGCACAGCAAAGCAUGCAUGCUUAGAAUUAAACUACUAUUUAGAAAGCGUUACUAAUCCAACUUUAAUGCAGUAAUCCUGUGAUUUGGUGGGACUCACACGCGGGGUAAGAAUUAAAGGUGCAGAAUGAUUUUUAAUGAUGCUGAAGUGGAAAUGAGGCCUGACCUAAGCUAGCCCUAGAUUGGAGCUCUUUAAUAAAAAUACAAUUAAAUAACUCACCAUUAUGAAACAAUCUUUUAAAGGGAACUAUACUGAAACCAAAUAUGGAUUCAGCUCCUGGAAAAGUAUGUGCAUCUUCUAUCUGGGAUGUAUGAAAAUUGCAGUGGUCUUUUGAGCAUUGAUGUGGCAGUGAUUGCUUUGUUAGUAAGGUUGUUGACCACAUCUAAAAUAUAAAGUUCAAAGCUUGGGUCAGUGGAUUGCACCAUUCAGAGGAUGUGGCUUUCUGUAGAGAUAUCCUGCUUUCCAUCCUCAGUUGGUCUAAAGGAGAGGUUUAAGUGCUAAAGACGUAUUCAUUUCCAAUCUUCUCUCAGCAAUUGAAACUGUGGGUUUGAAUAGAGGACAUUUUGUUAAAUGCUGGGACCUUGGUCCAGGCUAAUUGGUUUUGGUUCAAGGGGAUGGCGGAUUUGUGAAUAGGCCAAAUAGGGUUUUCCCACGCCACAUCCAGCACUUCACAUAUAAGAAAAAGGCAGAGACAUAAGGUGAGAAGACAGUCGAUAUAGAGGAAUUAUCCCAUGUGAUUAGGUAUUACUUAUAAGAUGUGUCCUUUGAAACCAUUCUACUCUCAGAUGAUUUCCUGAUAAUGAAUUGCAGACUCCAUUUAUAUUCUUUAAGAUUUUUUUCUGUCUCUAGAAAGAAAAAAUAUUUUUAAGGACACUCAAAAAUUGUAAGGAUAAAAACAUGUGAAAUAUAAGUUAGCACUAAGGAAUUUAUAGCAUAUCUGUAGCAAAUGAAUGUUUUUUUUCCCUUAUUUAGAUCUGUAUAUACUAAUUCUUGUAUACUUAAGUGUGUGUGCGUGUGUGUAGAAAUAUAUAUACACACUGCUAUAUAUUAUAUAUAUUAUAUAUAUAAAUAUGUAAUAUCUCUAAAUAUACAUUGUUCUAUUGAUAUGGACAUUAUUUAUAUGAUUUAUUGUUAGCUAACAAAAAUGCAGAAAAAAAAGACAGAUAUGUUCUUGAGAGAAUAUAUUUAAAGUCUGUUAAGAAACCUUUGUUUAACAGAUUGUCAAAAACUGUUAGUCAUCUCUAAAUAUGUCAAUCAUUGUGUUUCUCAUCUCAUAUUUAAAUAUUACACCCAAAUUUGCAGCAGAGAAAGUCGAGGUGUGCCCAAGCCAGAAGAUGACAUAUCUGCAGACAGAUAUUUAAGAGUACUUCUCACCCUGUCUUCUGUUAACAGACCGGAAGGUAGGUGAGCUCACACCUCUUUCUGAUUUUUUCCCCCUACCUUGUCUCGCUUUUCGGUGAUAGGCUUUUAAUGAAGUGUAAAUCGUGUAGUGAUAAUUAAUGCUACCAUGUGAAUAUUCUCUAUUUUUAAGGGGAUGUGAUAUUUAACCCUUUGGGCAUUAGAAUGCUAGUUAGUACAAUGCCCACCACUUUGUUAUUGAGAAGGUUUAAUCCUCACAAAUAAAACAAGAGUACAUAAUAUAUAUAUAUUUAAACUGUCCAUGUUAAUGAGAAUGUAGUGCUAUUUAGGCUGGGAAUGCACUCUUGACUCCCCAAUAAUUGUUGGGCCACAAUUAUCUAGCAGAUAAUUAUGUACAAAAAUAACUCUAGUCUUGGAAGUAAUUGUAGAGUGAGACUGGUGUAAACCUUAGGAUGUAGGUGGAGUCAUGAAGUUAUUAAACAGAAUGUCACUAAUCAAGACAUUUAGUAAGCAUGUAAAAAUUGUUUUCUUAUGACUUGGCUUUUAUUGUCUAUUUUAUAUAAUAAUUUCACAAACUGUGGAACACUUUCUGGGAUUUGGUGCUUUGGUCAGAUUUAUGGACUGUAAAAUAAUACUGGUCUUAUUGUUCCAUGUGACUUACAGGCCCUUAAAAUUAGAUCACAAACAUCUAUAGAAUUACUGGUAAGCAGAUCAAAAUAGGAAAGAACUACCCUCCCCCCACUCACCCGUCUACAACUGCAACAUUAUUAGUGCCUGAAUUUUAAAACCCCCAGACUGAUUGGAUUUACUAAAGCAUGACCAUCUCCAUUCCUCAAUGAAUACCCUGCACAUCCUUGCCUAAUUUGUAGUGCACAACCCUUAUAAGUGUAAAAUGAGAGACAAACACACAUUGGGCAUUCAGCAAAGUGAUCAUGUUAGUUACAUGGUUCCGCAUUUAGAAUCCCCAGAUGUUUAAUCGUUUACUUUAAAAGUAGAACAUCCACAUAGGUUAUAGCGUUUGACAUCUUUAGAAGUGUCAUUAGCUUAGGCAUUUUGAUUGAAACAAUUUUCAUAUUGUUGUCUUUCAAUAUAAUUUCUGUUAUUGGAGUGCACUCUAAGAGAGCUCAUUGCUUAGCAUGGGUUGAUAGGUCAUCCUUUAGCACUUUAUAAUAUAAUAUAAUUUGCAAUAUAUAUAAAUAUAGUUUUUUUGGUGGAAUUAUAUAACACUGAAGAACAUAGAGGAUUUUGGUGGAAAGCAAUAUUAUUUAUCAUAAUAUCAGUACAUUAUAAAUGGGAUGGAAACUGUACAUACAAUUUAUAUCUAUACUGAUAUACAUUUAACGUAUUGCUGUAGCAUAAAUAUGGUUGUACUUAUAUGCUAAUAAUACGUAAUUGAAGUAUAGAUGUGAUUUUAGUUAUUUGCCAGCAAUUCAUUGUUGAAGUAUGGGUAUUAUUACACUUAAAUGCUAAGAAUAAAUAAGUCCAAUCAAAUUCCUAAUUACAUCACUAGAUUUCGCAACACUGUUCCUGAUUCUUCUGCUGCGGUUCUGGUACUUCUUCUAUUGACUUUUGUAUUUCUUCCAUAGAAGAAAAAAGUCAUGUAACAGAGUUGGUGCCUGUUAAAGUAAGUAUAUUUUAAAGUACCUGAUUUCCCAUGAAAUUAUAUUCAUUUCAUGUAAUUGUAUGCUACAGAUGGAAAAAAAACAUUUAUCAAUAUUUUAUUUUUUUUCAGGACAGCAUAAAGGUCGUCAAGGUGAAUCUGAGGAAUUAUGGUAAGUUUAGUGAACCACAGGACAUAAAGGCAAUCUAAACUAUGAGAAAAUAUUGAGUAGGCUCAAACAUAACAUAUCGUCGUUUCACAAAACAGCAAGUUGUUAUGUUACAAAAAUGUUGAAAAAUCAAUUGAAAAUAGUUUAUUUGAAAUUUAUUUUCUUAGAAUGUUUUUUUUUUCAGUUUGGCUUUUUUUAGCCUGAUUUGUGAAACUGAUAUUCUUCUAAGGACACAUUUGCUUUCUAAACAGACCUUUUGUACAUAAAGUGUACUCUGAGCUCACAGGACUCUAUAUACUGCCCCAUUUCUCAAUCAAUAGUAGUUGGGUCCGUUGUAUAACAUACCCAUACCACUUCUUUAGGAUCCAAAUAAAAUGUUUUCCAAACAUCAUCUUAAAAAAAAUCACAGUCCCAUCUCAAAGAACCUUCCAUCUUGAUUAGAUGUCCAUGGUUUGACUUAUCUUUUCUUGGGUUGAGUUGUUUGGGCAGUUGUUAUUGUUUUUUUUUCUUCCCAUAUUUUACUUACAUAAACACUUGUUGUUUUAAACAUAUUAUAUUUGUAUAACACUUUAUCCCAUAUUACACUAUUUUGUUAAACAUGUUUUUGGGUGGGGGAUGCAAAUCAAAGUAGGCAACUUUAAAAAUUACUAACUUGUGUAAUAAAUUAACAAACAUAUUUAUUUUCUGAAUUAACACAAAUUUCUGUAUUCUUUGUUGGAUUGUGCCAUUACUAUUAAAAAAAAUAAACAAACAAACCUCUGUGUGUGCUUAGCCCGUGCUUACUGUUAUCAGUCAAGUGAGAUCAAACAUUGGCAGAAAGUAUUUCAUUCCCCUGUGUUCUUCCUAACACAGAAAUGAACAUUUUUAAAAUCCCUACUGGGAUUUUCCUUUAAAGUCAUUGCUUUGAAAUUUCUUUAGCAUUUGUAUCUACAGGUUUUGCAGGAUUGGUUCACUAAAACCUUUUUUGCAAAUAGAGUUUAAUAGAGUCAACAAAUUCUAUUUUAUUAUGUUUUUGUUCCAACAAUUGACGAAUUAAGAAACUCUUCACAAAGACAAUACUGACUGAACCCCAAGAUGGAUUUACCAUUCAACUCUUCUAAUAAUUUAUGUUUUAGGAAAAUGGAGGUUGAAUUUAUCACAAAAUACAUUCUCUCUUUAACCUUUACAGAUCCACAAGGACAUAUGUUGAUUUCAAAUUUCAUAGCAGAAAACCAAUGGAGUAGCAAAGAUAGCGAACAAAAUGGCCUCUGGAAAGCAGGUGACAAUAUUUUUUUCAUUUAAAUUUUUUUGUUAUACACUGCAUUGUAAGGUAUAAAAAAAUAAAUCAGAUGCAACUCCAGCCAUAGUUACAUUGUUUUUGUUCUCAGUAAGAGGAAAAUGAUGGAUUCUAUAACUUGUAAACUAAUGUUUAUUGAGAAAUAUAAUUUCUUGACAUAUCACCCGUUUUGAAUGAUUGUAGUUUUCAUUGUGUAGAUUAAGGGAACAUUGAAUGCACUGAGUGUCAUACAUACAUUCAUGAAAAAUACCUUUGUUAUUUGAUAAAAUGCAUGCUGCAUGUAUGAGCAGUUUUUUUUGUUGUUGCAAAUAUUCUCAGUGAAGCAUAUAGACUUAUUUACUUUUAUUAUGGUUAUUAAAUUUCAAAAAUGCUUAUAGUGCCAGUAAUUUGCACGUUUAUUAAUGUUUGGGGGGGGGAUAUAUAAUCCAAUGUUUGUCACUGCAGAUACUGCAAAUCAUGAUUUGUAUAUAGUGACAAAAAUCUGUUCAGUAAUUACUGAGUUCAGAUUUUACUUGCAAUUCUAGGCCCAAACAUCGACGUUGAAACAAAUAAAAAUAGAAAUCUGUGUUUCAGAUGCCUUGGAGGUUUUUUUUUUUUAUAGAUCAUCCCUUCUGUCUAUCACUUUGCUAGAGCUUGCCACCAAUCGCUGUUUAGUGGAUAGACCAUGCAGGUGUUUAGUCCCCCUGUCAUUGUUUUCCUAAAAUACACUUUCAGAAACUCUGGCCAAUGCUAAGAAUGCUACAGCUAUAAGUCAAGAACACAAGGAAGGGUUUCCAUAUACAGAAUGCAGAUUUGUUGUCUCUUUUUUCCAAAAUGUGAAAUUGCAUUCUGAAGACAAAAAGAUCUGGCACGAGACACCAGAUACCCAGUUGGUGUAUUCUGCUCUGCUACACGUAAACAACAAUGGAACCAGUGACAUUCGCCACACGGCUCGCAGAGCACGACGGUGAUUUAUAAGGCAUUUUAGCUUCUGGUUAAUGAGAGGCACCCAUUGGCCAGGUUUUCAGAAGAUAGCAAAUGAAUAUGCAUGCUGUAAAUCUGCAUGCGUUAAACCCUAUCUUAAUAACAAUUGCCGGCUAUAUGCAUGCUGGGCGUUUCCAAAGUCAUUUUUCUCUGUUCAUCGCUAUCACCACAAUUUCUUUGUUAGAAAUGUCUAGCUUUAUAUUUGGCUGCAGAGUAAUAUCAGCUCUUUUAUUUCCGCACAAACAUAUAAUACCUACUGGUACAUAAUAGGUUAAUAAAGGCAUUUCCCUAUGGUUCAUAUGUAAAUUUCUCCAAUUUACAAGCUGAACAUCCCAGGCUAACCCUUUACGUGCCAGCGAGGCGACCAGCGUAUUGUAAUAAAGAAAUAUGUAGCUCCAUCCUUUUGCAUUUAGGUAAUUUCUAAAUACCUUUGUUGGAAAAUAAUAUAUAUAUUUUCUUGCUAUUAUUGUGCAAUUGGAAUGUUAUAUUAAAUAGCCGUCUUUGAUCAUCUUGCAAUAGUGCUGAGCUAUAAAAAAUAGUAUAUCCCAUGUGUACUAAAAUGGUUACUAUUCUGACCUGUUUUAUGCAUUCUAUUUUCUCCCUUUUGUUAAUGAGAGUCUGGCAAAUGCUAAAUAAAUUGCAUAUUGAAUGACCAAUCACCUUGCUGCUAAUAAUGAGAUGCUAUGCGCUCUGAAAAAAAUCACUUAACCAUUUAUAGCAAAAGAGAAAACAAAACUGGCCUAUGCUAUCAAGUAAUCGACUUACCAUGUUUUGGCCUUUUUAUACAACUAGUAUGGUUUUUUUUAUGGUUGUUAAAAUCUACUUAAUUUAAAAAAAGGUCACUAUAUUUCUACAUUAAACCUACCACAUACUGCCAUGAAAUCCUUUGCUACAAUAAGGAUAAAAUAAUAAACAAUUUUAACUAUCUAUAUAAUUUUUUUUCCCCAAGAAACUGUAUACCCUUUGAACAUAUGGAUAUCAUGAAUGAUUUUCAUACAAUUGUCAAUUUUUUAUGUUUAAUUAAAGAAUAUAGAUUUAUUGUGUCAGAAAAUAUAAUAGCAAUAUUUUCUUUUUGGAAAUGUAAAUGUUACCCUUUUUAACAUAAGUGUGGGCAUGUUAAGUUAUUUGAAGUGAUAUGUUCAGUGAAUAUCUGAUACUGAACCCAGAAUUUAGGUACAUUUAAAAUAUUUGACUAGCAUAUGAGUAAACAAAGUAAAAAGAAUGCUAAAAAUGUAGUGUGAGAAAAAAAUACAUAAAAACAUUUUUGAGGGUUAAUAGUCUAUCCCCGAUGCAGCCAAUUAAAUGCAAAAGACGAGAAAGGGUUAAUCUAGUGUUAAGCACAUAGCAUUAUUGCAUCCUGUAUUAUAACACAAGACUAGAAAUCAUUAUACCUUGUCUCCCACACAGUGAAUAAGACAGGCUGAAUCCACUGCACUCUGUGGAUUACCUCAGCUUCACGUACUGAAGUCAGCGAGAGAAUCAGCAUUCAAAGCUUGUUAAUUUGAAUAUACGUUUGAGUAUCAACUCUAAGUGAUACCCAUGGUGAUCAAGGAAUGAUGAGUUCUGAGGAGACUAAUCAAGAAGAAUAUUUUGCCCCUAGACCACACCAGCUCAUUGCUUCAUCUCUCCCGAUCCUGCUUUGUAUAUGGAAGCCAUUUUGAUGGAAUUGAAUAUUUUAAGAUGGCCGCUUUGGCACGAGGUAGGUUGAACUUGCUUCCUUAUUCUCCCCAUUGCUGCCCGUGAUUGCCUUCUUAUUGUGCUAAUUAGCGAAAAAGAAAGUAGGACAAUAAAUGAAACUGGCAUGACCCAUUUAUGUCUGCCACCACCCUUUUCAAGCGGAAAAUCUAUCCUUGAUAUUAAUUGAAUUAACGUACUUUCUAAUUCGCUCUUCUUAUGAGUGUGUACAAGCAGUUUCACUCUUUCGCUUGGGUUGAGCACUGAUUUAGAUACUGAAAAUCUGGAUUUUUAAUUAUAUCUUUUAAUGACAGCAAAAAGAAAAUACUAUAUGGGUUUUAGAAACUAUAUUGUUUAUGAUUUGUUAACACCUUUAAUGCCUAAGCAUAAUUUAUUUUUGUUAUGAUUAUUAUUAGUCGUUAUUUAUUUAUAUGGCUUUAACGUAUUUGCAGCACUGUACAUUGCAAGGUUUUAUAACUCAUUUUAGGCCCUGUUUAACUCCAGUAUCAGAAACAUUGUUUAUUACAAAUUUAUAUCUAUCUGUCUAUAUAUAUAUCUAUCUAUAUCUAUAUAUAUAUAUUAUUUCAGAAUGAUAUAUGGAAAUACAAUUACUUGUCACGCUCUUGAUAAGAUAAAAAGAAAGAUCGCUGCAUGACAGAAACAUUUUACCAUAUUAGCAAAUUUUUUGUUUAUUUGAUCUGGUUUUCAGAAUACUUAAAUAUAAUGAAAUUCCUGUCUUAAAUACGCAUACUUUCAUUAAAAAUAAAUUAUAAAAAACACGGCUCCAACAAAUCUGUUUCUGAUGAGUCUUCAUUGCAAAGGUUUCCACUGGAUAUUUCUAUCCUGUUUUGAUAAAUUAAAUGCUGCUUUGAUUUUGCAGCAUUUAAUUGAUCAAUAUUCAUAUUCAAGGCUUUUUUUAUCGCCAUUAAGCUAGUAUUGCAGUUGUGUAUCAAACAUGUAUUUUUCUUUCUCUCUGUCAGCUUAAUGGAAAAAUAAACAUAUUGUACUUAGAGUUACUUUUGUCUGAGAUGCAUUAAAUGACAUUUUACAACCUAUUUUGCCUCCACAUGGAGAGAUAAAUUCUAAGUCAGGGUUGUCAACUCCAACCCCACAAAUGCUGUUCAACUCCAACUCCCAUAAUUAUCUGCCCAUGUAUUGCAUUCAAAUAAUUUUGGAAGUUAUAGGCCAUCAACAUCUUGGGGCAGAAUUUGACAAUCUAGUUCUAAGGAAUCAAUUCAAUUAACAGCAAGUUGUGAUGAUGCUGGCAAAUUUGUGUGAAAUUCCCAAUUUGGAAGAAAAAUCUAAAUUUAUUUUGUGACUUGCAUUUUGCAAGUCUGUUGUCAAGUUUUUAUUAAGUGAGUAGACUUUUAGAUUGUUGCAAUGGGUGACUGUACAAAAUGUUAAAGGAGUACUAUAGAAAUCAAAACAACUUAAGCUUAAUGAAGCUGUUUGAGUGUAUAGACCAUGCCCCUGUAGUCUCACUACUUAAUCCUCUACCAUUUAGGGUUUAAAUGAGUUUUGUUUCUGUUUAUGCAGCCCACCCCCUCUGGCUGAGUGACUCACACAGCCUGCAUACAAAAAUGGGUUCAUUGUCAAUCAGAGCUUAAUUUACGUUAGAAGAUUUUAUCUCCUGCUCUGUAAAUUGAACUUUAAUCAAACUCAGGAGACUCUACUGGGUCUAGAAAGCUAUUAAUAGAGCAGCAUAUAUAAAAUACUAAAUUAAAGAAAAUGUGCAGUUUAGGAAGUAUACAUAUUAGAUCUCUCUUUACAGGAAGUGUUUAGGAAGGCUGUGUAAGUCACAUGUAGGGAGGUGUGACUAGUGCUGUGUAAACAAAGUGAGAAUUGAGCAGUGAGACUGCUGGGGCAUGAGCUAUACAUCAAAAUUGCUUCAUUCAUUUAAAAUUGUUUUCGUGCCUAUAGUGUCCCUACAAUUUGUAACAGAACCCUACAAAAUGUUUUAUUCAAUUUACUGUAUUGGAUUUGGUAGCAGUGGUUACUUGGUUCCUUGAGACACAAUUGAUGAGAAUCAAAAUAUUAGUCUGGAACCUCAAACGUUUUCCAAACUGGUUUGAGUGGCUAUUGGAAGUAUAAGUGGUGUGGGAUAUGGUUGCACAUACUAUGUCCAUGUGUUGAUGACCCAGUCAGUAGUGAGUAAGGGAAUAUUAUCCUGACUGUGCUAUGAAGAAGCUAGCUGGGGUAAUGGGGUACUUAAACGUGUUGGUCCUUUCAUCUGCACCCACUGAGACACUGAUACUGUUCCUUCAGUCUUACAAGUAUCCAAAGAGUGGUUCUUGAUGUAUUAAGCUAACUGACUUCAAAUAUCAACUCAACUUAGUGAGACCAUUUUCCUAGAAGAGGGCAUUUAGGAUACUAUGUCAAUGGUAGCUUUUCUGGACCCCUCAUUACAAGAAAGUGUCAGUAAUUCCUUUUAUAAUAGGUUAAUUGCAGCUUUUAUUAACUUAAUGCUUUAUUUACUCAUACAUUUAUUUAUGAUAUCUUGAUAGUGGGCUUUCAGAUGAAUGUACGACUUAAAACAUUACUCCUACCAAAAUCAGUGCUUUAAGAAAAUACAGUUUUUGGAUGGAGCAAUCUCCUCGAACCAUAACUACUUGAAAUCCCAGAAGUAGUCAUGGUGCUUGCACUAACCCUUUAGAUUGCCACAUUUCCUAUACAGGGUUUGUAAGUCAAUUGCCAAUGAAUCUAUGGUAAUUAUGUAAAAUAAGAAAGUAGUAAAAAAAUGUCAGCAGUGCCACCUAAUACGAGCUGUCUUCGCUAAAGUUUGAACUGCAACAAUUUUGUAUUGUACUUGCAUGUUGAUGGGUAAUAUCUCCAGGUCAGCUAGUAAUUAAAGGCAGGUUGGUUGCAGUCAGUCUGUUAUAAUCAUCUCACACUGCUUGUGUCAAUUAAAGCUGUAUGUCACUAAGAUAAUAUUUAACAUGCUGCUACAAUAGGGAUGAAACAUUUUUCUAAAAUGCCAAAGGCCACAAAUUAGCAGCUUGGCAACACUCACACACCCUGACAACUAAAGCCACUCUCUCAUACAUACACAAUUAUCCCCACUCAUCCACAGCCACUGUUGUCUUUCUCACACACAUAGCAAAUUAACUGCACCCAAGCAUACUAGCCAAUCACUAACACGUAUAGGUAUACAUCCAUAAAUUACCAGUCACAUACUCAUAAACAUUAUUCACAUGCAUCUAGACACAAUCAUCCACAUAUACAUACAUUCAUGCAAAGACAUUCACUCCCACACAUAUACACACUUAUAAACACACACAUAUAUGUGUGUGUAUAUGUAUAUAUAUAUAUAUAUGUGUAUAUAUAUAUAUAUAUAUAUAUAUAUAUAUAUAUAUAUAUAUAUAUAUAUAUAUAUAUAUAUAUAGUUAAUACAUUGCUAAAUACAAAUACAAACACCAGUCAAGCCAUAAGACUUGCUUUUUCCACAGAAAUCUCACUACUGCAAGGGAUUCUGGGUAGGUGUAUGCAAAUGAGCUCAACAAAGAACCACAUUGCUCCUCUUCCUGAGUUGUGUUUCAAAGCUGUUGUAUACAGUAGACACAUACUCCAAUGAAUCUAUGUAUAUGUAUAAAGUGGAAAUGAGGCAAAAUUGUGGUUCUUUGUUGAGCUCAUUUGCAAAUGCCUACCCAGAAUCCCUUGCAGUAGUGAGAGCACUAUUAAAGUGAGAUUUCUGUGGGAAAAUCAAGUCUUAUGGCUUGACUGGUGUGUGUAUUUGUGUUUAGCAAUGUAUUAACUAUCCAUUUACUUCAGGUGGAAUUGGUUUUCAUCCACACUUUUUUCCCCACCACAACUCUAUGUACUUUAUAUAUAUGUGGAAGGGGUUAUUUUCCUAUUUAAAUCCCCAGUAACCCCUGCUUACCUAUCAUUGCCAUUUGGAAGUUCCCCUCCCACCUCACCCUUUAUUAUUCAUAUUAAUAUACCAGGUGGGCCCACUUUUUGCAGGUCUAACCUCUCGUCGGUUUCGGCACACCUCAACAGACUUUGUCCUUAUUAAAUUACAUGCUUUUAAUUGAACAUCCUCUCAUUACCCCGUACACAAAUAUAUAUGUAUAUAUAUAUAUAUAUAUAUAUAUAUAUAUAUAUAUAUAAAGUUCCAAAAAAAACUUAGCUUUUUAUUCAGGCAUCUGCCACAGAAGAUCAACGUUUCAGUUCUCUAAGGAACUUUCGAAAGGGUGUAUAUAUAUAUAUAUAUAUAUAUAUAUAUAUACACCCUUUAAUAUAUAUAGUAUCUCACUAAAUCUUCUCAUGUGAAAACACUGAAGAAAUUACACUCUGCUACAAUGUAAAGUAGUAAGUGUACAGCCUGUAUAACAGUGUAAAUUUGCUGUCCCCUCAAAAUAACCCAAAGUGUCAAUAUUUUGUGUGGCCACCAUUAUUUUCCAGCACUGCCUUAACCCUCAUGGGCAUGGAGGUCACCAGAGCUUCACAGGUUGCCACUGGAGUCCACUUCCACUCCUCCAUGACGACAUCAUGAAGCUGGUGGAUGUUAGAGACCUUGCGCUCCUUCCCUUCCAUUUGAGGAUGCCCCACAGAUGCUCAAUAGGAUUUAGGUCUGAAGACAUGCUUGGCCAUUCCAUCACCUUUACCUUCAGCUUCUUUAGCAAGGCAGUGGUCAUCUUGGAGGUGUGUUUGGGGUCAUUAUCAUGUUGGAAUACUGCCCUGUAGCCCAAUCUCUGAAGGGAGGGAAUCAUGCUCUGCUUCAGUAUGUCACAGUACAUGUUGGUAUUCAUGGUUCCCUCAAUGAACUGUAGCUCCCCAGUUCAGGCAGUAUUAAUGCAGGCGCAGACCAUGACACUCCCACCACCAUGCUUGACUGUAGGCAAGACACACUUGCCUUUGUACUCCUGGUUGCUGCCACACAUGCUUGACACCAUCUGAACCAAAUACGUUUAUCUUGGUCUCAUUGGACCACAGGACAUGGUUCCAGUAAUCCAUGUCCUUAAUCUGCUUGUCUUCAGCAAACUGUUUGCAGGCUUUCUUGUGCAUCAUCUUUAGAAGAGGCUUCCUUCUGGGACGGCAGUCAUGCAGACCAAUUUGAUGCAGAGUGUGGCAUAUGGUCUGAGCACUGACAGUCUGACCCCUCACCCAUUCAACCUCUGCAGCAAUACUGACAGCACUCUUAUGUCUAUUGCCCAAAGACAACCUCUAGAUAUGAUGCUGAGCACGUGCACUCAACUUCUUUGGUCAACCAUGUUGAACUUCCGGUGACUAGUAUGAGAGAGUGUGAGAGCGAUAACACCAAAUUUAGCACACCUGCUCCCCAUUCACACCUGAGACCUUGUAACACUAACAAGUCACAUGACACCGGGGAGGGAAAAUGGCUAUUUGGGCCCAAUUUGGACAUUUCCACUUAGGAGUAUACUCACUUUUGUUGCCAACGGUUUAGAAAUUAAUGGCUGUGUGUUGGGUUAUUUUGAGGGGACAGCAAAUUUACACUGUUAUACAGGCUGUGCACUUACUACUUUACAUUGCAGCAGAGUGUAAUUUCUUCAGUGUUGUCACAUGAAAAGAUAUAAUAAAAUAUUUGCAAAAAUGUGAGGGGUGUACUCAUUUUUUUGAGAUACUGUAUAUACCCAUUUACAAUUUCAUUGUUCUUCCUCCUCAUUCCCCUUGCUGCUCAUAUCUGUCAGUGGUGAGGAAAAAAGGUGAUUAUGUAAGAGGUCAGUGGCUAUUGUUAGUGGGAGAGUGUCCUCUGCAGCUUGAGGGUGUAGGAAGAGCUAGGAAAGUUGUUUCUGCUACAACUGGAGUCCUCUUCCACUCCUCCAUGACAACAUCACGGAGACAGCUUAUGGGAACCACUAGGAGAGAUAAAAAAAAAACAGGGAGAUAAAUUAUUAGAUUUGUUAAGCCCUUAUUUACAAACACUGGUUAAAAUGUAAAAAAAAAUUAACCUGAAAAGGCAAUAUGUAACUCCUUACCCCCUCCUUCUUUUCAGCAGUGGGGAUCGUUGGAAAAAUAUGUAUGAAUCUGUUCCAAACGCCCUGCCAACCAUGGGGACACACUAAAUAGAUCCCUAUUUUCCAACAUCCCAAUGAGGGUAUUAAAUAUGCAUUUCUCUAUAGUUAGUUGCUAUUCUAAGGAACCCUCUCAUAAAGUAUGGUGUGUUUGUGUGGGGGGGGAGGAGGGAUCCUCCACAGCCUGAUUUAUUAGUAUUUUUUUGUUUCUAGUUUUUUUGCCAUUUGGCUUUUCCUCCAUGAUCAAGUCCUUUGGAGUUGAUGGACAGCUUUUGGUUAGCUAACAUUAAAAUUUUAAUUACAUGGAAUGUUACUUAACAGUCAGUCAGCACCAAAAAGUGUAAGUUGGUAUUUUUUUCUUUAUACUUGCUUCUUAAAAUAGAAUAAUCCUCUGCUAGCUUCAAUCAAUCAUCUUGAAAUUACCUUAAAUUACUUUUUUUCAACAGACUUUCAAAAUAUUGCUCAAAAGUUCAAAACUUAAUUAAACUGAUUUGCAUGUAGCUACACUCAUGUGACCAAAUAUCCUGCUAAUUGAGGGGCAGACUCCAAAGAUCAGUCACUAUAGAAAUGUCCUUCCAGUUUUAUACACCACAUAGCCACCAGUGCAUCUACAGCCUCUCUAUGUGCCAAAUCAAGCAAAUGAAAUCUCUCAAAAUAAACAUUGGCUGUUGGAUGACAUCGGCUGUUAAGCUCAGUGAUUUAAUUUGCCACCAUCUUCGAAAACCACCAUUCCAAUAAGUCAGUUUGCCAAAUUUCUGGCUAGCCAGGGCUGCCACAGACAACUAUAAGUGAUAUUGCUGUGAACUAAAGGUAUAAGGGACUACCAUUAGCUCAGCAGAAAUGUGGUAGGCCAUACAAGCUCACAGAAUGUGACAUCCAAGUGUUGGUAGAUAAAUCAUUUUCCAUGAAAUGUUAAUAAAAUGGGGUUCCUUGGCAGAGCAAUCAUAAACAAUCACCAUUCUCAAUGAAAAGCAUCAGCUGGAGUAGUGUAAAGCACACCACCAAUGGAUGUGGAAAUAGAUUUUCUGUGUUGAUACAUCACGUUAUCAUCUGGCAGUCAGAUGAAUGACUGUGGGAUUUACAUAUAUUUGGAGUAUAUUUCCAAUCUCACUGCAUAGUGUUAAAUGUGAAAUUCGAUAUGGAAGGAAUAAUGGUCUGGACUGUUUUCCAUUAUCUGGGUUCUAGUUCUUAGUUCAAGUAAAGGGACAUUUUACCACCAUACAAUAAUCAUUAAUAGAAAUAUCUGUGAUUCCAGCUUUGUGACUACAGUUUGGAGAAGGCCCUUUUGUCAUGCAGCUGGAUAAUAGACAGGAGGUGUCAAAUGGUUUGUCUACAUCGGGGUGAAAUAAUUUGAUUUGCCUUCAAAGAUCCCUGGGCGCAUUAAACACCAAUGGGAUUACUGGAAUUGGGAAAUACAAUAAAAAUCAAAAAGGCCAACAUCGGUGUCUUACCAAACUCAUGCUCUUGUGAAUUAAUGGAAUCAAAACCUUGUCUUAAUUUUACAACACUAAAAUUCAAAAAAAGAGUUUUAUAGCAACAAGUCAAGUAGACCUCAUAUUGUUUUGUAACUCCAACUGUUCUUGAUCCUAUAGAUACUGUGUUUUAUAUUGCUCUGAGCGGAACGUCCCGAUUAAACAAUCACUCUAGAUUACAGUGAGUGCAAAAGCCAACGCCACAUUUUUGGACUAAUUUAAAAACGAUCUUGUGAUUUGUAAGAUUUUAUUUUCCAGUUCUGACUCUGAAACACUGUGAAUACAGUAUUUGAGGAACUCGAUCGGUAUUGCAAGAAAAAUCAAUGAUAACCAGAUGAUAGGAGAGACAGAGGUUUAAAUCUCUCAUUCAGUUUCCCAUUUCUCAUUGUGCAUUUCUUCAUUCUACAGGUUAAGAGACGAUCACAGAAUCCAUUUCCUGCCAAUGCAGAGAUAUUGCAGCCUUUGUACAGAAAUAAGUCUUGUUUCCGGUCAAUUUUCACGGAAGAAGCAGCUUCAGGUAUAUUUCUUUCACAUAUUCUUGAUUCUCUUGUUUUGUUUUAAAAUGUAAGUAAAAUUGCCAAAUAUAAGCUGAUGCUAGUCAUACUUUUUGGAGAACAGCAGUGCUAAGAUAUGUUUAUCUGUCUAUCUAUAUGUCUGUCUAUCUAUCAUGUCUCAUUCAAGCAUUCAAAGACACACGGACAAGGGUUUGUUAAUAAAAUCCUAGAUGCUAGUGAAUUAAAAUCCAAAUUACAAAUUUUAGGCAAAAAUUGCUGACAUGGAAAAAUUCUUCAACUCAACUUAACUUGGCUUGAUUGUUGUAGCCUACAUUUUGCAAAUAGUUUUUCCACACUAUUUAUUAUGUGUUUAACGAAUAAACCCCAUCAUUUCACAUUUAUUUUUAAAUUUCAUUUUUAUGUUUUUUGGUUUUUUUCUACUUACGCCUACUGUGACAUCAUGCAUGGGCAUUACCUCAUCGACUUUGUCAACGAAGGCCAAUUAGACUUGAUUUGAGAAUGAUCUGUGUGUGGCAGAGGUCUCAAACAAAUAUUUUAUGUAGAAUUAAUUCCAUACAUUAGUUUUACGAAAAUGAUAAAAAAAAAUAGUAUUCAGCAAACCCCUCAGAGCUAAUGCCAAAUUUGGAAAACUAUACCAAACAUGUUUUGCUGCAUGUUGCUCUUUGGAGUAUAUUGCAUUUCUACUGUAUAUUUAAGGUAUAUUACACUCCUUUUGUAUCCAUGAGGUAUAUUGCACUCCUGCUGUAUAUUUUGGGUAUAUUGCACCCCUGCUGUAUAGUACAAUGAUCACUUAAAGUUUUAGCCUAAUCGCACUGUUUCAUUUACUGAAAUUAAAUAGCUUGAAACUGUGUAUUCCAUAGUCCAUAAAAUGUAAAGCUUUUGUUAAAGGAACACUAUAGCGUUAGGAAUACACAGUUUCAAGCUAUUUAAUUUCAGAAAAUGAAACAGUUCGAUUAGGCUAAAACAUUAAGUGAUCAUUGUACUAUACAGCAGGGGUGCAAUAUACCCAAAAUAUACAGCAGGCAUGUAAUAUACCCCAUGUAUACAGCAGGAGUGUAAUAUACCCCAUGUAUACAGAAGGAGUGUAAUAUACCCCAAUAUACAGCCGAAGGCACAUGCACGGCCAGAGGCGCGCGCGCAUUCAAACCUGCCCAUAGGAAAGCAUUACUCAAUGUUUUCCUAUGGGGAUCUUUUUUGACGCUGGACUCCGUGAGGAUGUCCAGCGUCAAAUAAGUGCGAUUUGCUCAGUUUAAAAUGCAGAAGUGGCCUCUUGUGGCUGUCAGAGAGCCAGCCGCUAGAGGCUGGAUGAACCCUGCAAUGUAAACAUAGCAGUUUCUCUGAAACUGCUAUGUUUUCAGCUGCAGGGUUAACACUAGAGGGACCUGGCAUCCAAACCACUUCAUUGAGCUGAAGUGGUCUGGGUGCCUAUAGUGGUCCUUUAAGUAAUAUUUGGAUUGUAACAGUAAUCUACACUUCCUGUGUUUUGCAUAGUAAGUUGGCUACAAAACUACAGAAAAUUAACUAACUUUGAUCUAAUCUUUAUAAUAAUAAGGUAACCUUCCUAUGGGCCUAAAUGUAGUUGGAAAUGGGAUGUCUCGACUCCCACAACCUCCCCCUGUUGCAAGAAAAGGACAUGUAUAAUAAGAUAUAACUAAUGUUGUAAAAUGAUACCCGCGCUACUCUGGUUAAACUAAAUAAUGAGCUUAAUGAUUGUUCAUCAACUUUCUCAACUUCAUGGGAAAUAUGAUUGGGUGGGACAACUCAAAGAGUUGGUUCUCAACUAUGACACUGUUGAUUUAAAUCCACAUGUUAAAGUGGACUCUUGGGACAGCAAGGAUAUUUUCCUUUUUACACUUGAACCAAAGUUCCAAAGUGUCAGCAUUUUUUUAAGGUAUUUAGAUUUUUAAUGAUUUUUACAUCAACAGGCAGAAGGUGAGAAAAUAUUUUAUUUCUAAAGGUUUUAAUUUGUACCUUAGUUAUUAGGAUGAGGACUGAGUAUUAUAUUGUCUUUGGAAAUUGUAGAGUUAGUUUUUAACUCAAAUUCCAACCAUAGAUUUGUCUUUUUUUGAAGUUUAAGGACUCAGAGGUCUGAAACGCAUAAGGAAGUUCUGCUUGGCCAUUUCCCCCCCUGUUUUGGGCCUAAUAAACUUCAGUUUGAUUUUAGUGAGCGCUUGCUGUGGCAUUCUUUCAUCUCGUUUUAUAUUCUAUUUUUCUCUAAACCAAAAUGGAUUAUGAGAAGUUACAAAAAGUAAGCAUUAGCAUUUAGAAUUUUUUAUGAAUUUCUAAAUGCUCUCUUGCUAAAAAAUACUAAUUCUUAAAUUACAGAAAGAUUGCGCAACAGAAUAUAUAUAUUUUAUAUAGAUAGAUAGAUUUCUUGUCUUUUAAGUAAGAAAGUGGGAUGUAGAAUUAAACUUCAGGACAGCUAAACAGCCUGGGGACAAUGAAACAUCAGACAUGUUGCUUGGCAACAUCAACAAUAUGACCUCCACUGAUACAUAACCAUGGCACUUUACAUUGUCUUCUGACAUCUAUUCCAUGGCAGGAGAAUUGUGUGAUAUAUAUACAUAUACACAUCAACCUCAAGACUUAAGGUACUGACACAGAAACAUUAUGCAUGAUGGUAAUGCAGUACAUACACAUUAUUAUUGUUAUUAUUUGAUAUUUCUAUAGCUUCAACAUAUUCUGCAACGCUGUACAGAAGGAAUACAGACAAAUAAUGAACACAUAUUGAUACAAAUGGAACAGACGUCCCUGUCCGUGAGCUUACAAUCUAACAUAACACAAGGUAUUAGAGUGGUAUUAACACUGAUAAAAUAUUCACAUCCAGGAGGCAGACUGAUAAAAAAACACAAAGACUUGAUGCCCACAAAUAUCCAGUACUUACAUAGAUAUUUGAAACAUCUCAUCAUUUCCUUGAAAGUACACAAUGCACAGUGAUACAUGACAAAUACAUGUGAUUAGUACUGACGUGUGCAUAUGCAUACAAUAAACCCUUCAGGCAUACAUAUGCAGUGUAUAAUACAGGCGAUUGCGUGAUGCACCAUGUAUAAUAUAGACAAUAUGCACUAGUGCAUCCUAUCUCAGUACAGUAUUUUAGUGCUCACUUUUUAUCAUUUUGCAUUAUAUAUAUCUAUAUUAGGUAUAUAUUAUGUUAUAUGCAUUCUGUGUGCGUGCAGUUUGUGUGCAUUAUAUAUUUGUAUAGUGUAUGAAUGGGCAUUCUGAGUACAUGCUGUGUAUUAAAGUACAAAUGUUCAUUCUAAGCUCAUGCUAGCAGUGUUCAUUCUAUAUAUAAAUAUAUAGUGUAUCAAUGUGCAUUCUGUACACAUGCAGUGUUUCAGUGUGCAUUCUGAGUACAUGCUAACAGUAUACAUCCUAUAUACAACUAUUAGUGUAUCAAUGUGCAUUCUGUGUACAUGCGAAUGCAGUGCAUCCUAUAUAUAUAUAUAUAUAGGUGUUUAUAAUACAGAGUAUCAAUGUACAUUCUGAGUACAUGUGAAUCCUAUCUGGAUAUGCAGCAUAUCAGCGUGCAUUCUAAGUACAUGUUGUGCAUCCUAUCUGUAUAUGCAGCAUAUCAGCGUGCAUUCUACGUACAUGUUGUGCAUCCUAUCUGUAUAUGCAGCAUAUCAGCGUGCAUUCUGAGUACAUGUUGCGAAUCAGUUUGCCACUGUGUGUUCCUGCUUGUGUAUGCCAGCUGGUGCAGUGGGUGUUAAGAGCAGCUGAUGCUGAUAUAAAGGCGUAGGGGAUUGAGCUGUUUGUACUCACAGUAUGUUUGCCCUUCAUCUAGUAAAAGUAAAUCCUAGGGAUUGAUUUAAAACAUUUUAUGCUCAAUGGCAACAUUUGCCUUUGGGUAAUAGCUUUUAUUUAUAUGAUCUACGUUGCUUAGUUUUACAUCUCUGGGUACCAAAAAUCUAAUAUUAUUAAAUACUACAUUUGAACAUUAUGUACAGGGUUGUAUUGCCAUUCAUUACACCUAUUGCUUUAACUGUGUUUUUAAAAAAACUAAAUCUACCCUUCUCAAUUAGGUAAUCUGGUAUUAUUAUUAUUUGCAUUUGGUUUCAAUUCACAAAAUAAUCACUGCUUAAAAAAUACAUGCUGGUAUAACUGCCAAAUAAGUUAGAUCUGGGUUUGCUUAUCAAAGACAUAACAGUGCCUCAUUGGUCAGGUAUCAGAAAUAUAUGUUGCUUUAAAUGGUUUAAACUGCAACUCCUGUUAUUGUCAGCAAACAUUUGUAGCAGGUGCAGUGGCUAAGUUUGCCUGUGGGUAUAUACUUUGUUUGACAUCAUUUUGCGCUAUUUGCAGUAAAUGGAUAAAAACUCAACCUUUUAGUUCAUGUUUCUCUGUGACAUCAUAUUUCUAGAAGCUCAAUGGCCAGAAACAGUUCAGUUUCAGCAAGAUGUUACAUCUGGCAUUAAGAGUUCUAUUGCUGAGGGUCUUUCUUUUAAUUAGCCUGUGCUGCCUCAGGACACAGCCAGCACAUACCCAAGAAUGGCAAAUAUUGUUUUAAUGAGCCAUGCCUUUGGACAUAUGCCUGAAUUAAUUUUCCCUUAACCGUUUGCGUGCCAAUGAGAGUGCAAUAUACAGACUCAAAAUAUGGCUUAGCCUACUUCCACCCUAUGCAUCUUCACCUUUGUUAAUAGGACCUUACUGUGAUCCUUAAACUUCCUUGCCAAUUGGGCCUGAUUGGAUUCUGCUUAUUUAGAUUUCUCAAGCAGGUGACAAGCUGUCAAGUCGAGAAAGGGAGGUUCUCCAGACAGAUUGUCAUUCCAAAAUUCUGUUAGUCCGAUGAAAUAGGGAUAACAUGAUAUGAUUUAAUCUGUUUUACAUCUGUGUUUGUGUAUACAUAUAUAUGUAUAGACAUAGCAGAAAUGACCGCACUCCAAUGACUUUGUAGAGAUUUUCAAAUAAAAUGUACAUUUUAUUCAAUCCAUUUAAAAAGUCAAUGUUUCAGCUCCCACAUGGAUGAAAGCUUCAUGUGGGAGCUGAAACGUUGACUUUUUAAAUGGAUUGAAUAAAAUGUACAUUUUAUUUGAAAAUCUCUACAAAGUCCUUGGAGUGCGGUCAUUUCUGCUAUGUCGACAUGAUUCUUGUCAGACCAGCACUUGGCACCACAGGAUUACACCAGGAGUGCAAGCCCUCACUAUUCAUAUAUAUGUAUAUGUAUGCAUAGGCUGUAUGUAGGCCUUCUGGCAUAUUCUGGAUUCUUGGAUGUGACUUCAUGUGUUCUUAAUCUGUGUAAUUAAUUUUUUUUAACUCUCCCCCUUCUAGUAGCAGCUCCUGCACGGUACGUUUUUUCUCUCUCUCUCUCCUCUCACUCUGUGAUCCUUAUACAAGAUAUUUACGACCCUCUGUGAGAAUGGUGUCUAUUUUCUAUCAGACCUGUCUCUUAUCUGCACUCAUGCAGCUUUAACCCCUCUAUCACAGCUUGACUUUCAAUUCUGUGUGUCGUUUUUGCUCAGAAAUGCUUCAGACUUAAGAAAGCUUGCCAUUCUAAAAUUCUGUCAGUCUAAUAAAAAAGAUAGUAACUUCAUCUGUUAUUUUACAUAUAUAUAUGUAACUAUAAAGACGUUUGUGGACUCCACCUGGCAGUUUUUCAGACAUGUUCCAGCUCCUUUCUGUUAAAUUAUGUGUAUCUCUCUGGAGGUUAGUCUUGUUUCCAUUCCUCACUCAGACUUUCAAGGCAAAUAAAACCUUGAAACUGAAAUUCCACUUACUUUCUUCCACUCACCAUUGAAGUACACCUUGGUAGUGGGUAAAUUGUGGGAGAACUUUGAGAAAAGUAGUGGAAGAUAUUGUAUGAGAUGUUUUUAAAAACAUUUUAUUAAUGGGAGAUUUUUGAGUUAGGGGUUUGCAGUGUUAGGGAUGUUCAAUCUUAUGGAGGCUCAUACACACUUAUCAAAAACUGGGCCAACACGUCAUUACUACAGCCACUCACGUCUUGAAAUUAGACACUUUCUUAAUUGGAGCCAAUUUUUCAUCUUGCACCACUAUCUCUAUUCCUAAAAGGGGAAAACAUUGUAUCUGGGGCAAUUGCAUUCUUACCAUUUGAUAUGAACCCCACACACAUAUCCCUCCCCAGCUAGGGCUAAUAUUUCAUUUGGCACAGUCAAACCAUUCAUUCAGCACACACCUUCAUCAGGAUCAGCUUUUUAACUGGCACAGCUUCCUUCAUUUCCCACUUAUAGGGUUGUUCACUAAAGUGAGAAUUCUAGGAAAAUCCAUAGUGAAUUCAAAUUGAAACUCAUAGUAGCCAAAUUGGAAGAAGUCAGCUAGACUUUCAAUUACGCUAGUCUGGCCUUACAUUUGAAGUUUACUUGGAAUUCACUUGGAAGUCUCACUAUAAAAAGUUAUUCACUGAAGUGAGAAGUCUUGGUGAAUUUAAAGUGAAUAUUUCCAGUCCGGCUACUUUGACCGUACAAUUUCAAUUCACCUUGAAUUCUCAUAUCCCCAAUAGUGAAUAAGUCUGUUAGUAACAUUCUGUAAGCUGACAAGAACAUUCCCUUUCCAUUGAACUCCAGAAAAAAAUAAAAUGACAAUCCACAGAUUUUACUUACUGAGUUCAGGUAGUCUUGUUAUAAUAUUGAGCACUCUCCCACCGGAUUCUCACUUUGGACGAUCAUAGCAGCGCACUGUUAUUUUCUAUGAGCAGUUACGACAGCUUCUGAAUCCACUUGGGUAGAGGUGCCUUGCAGUGAUUAUAGUAUCCUAAUCUCCCAACGUAAUGACAGCUUAUUUUUAUUUUAUUUAUACAUAUCAAAAAGUCCCCUGUGCCAGCCACGGCACUGAAAAACAUACAAAGCCUUGUGACUGUGUCUACGCAUCCCACAACAUUAACACAAGCAGCUGCCAAAAAAAUGUUUACAUGGUUUCCCAGUAAAUCUUUCCUUUUGUCUACUUUUGUCUGUUAAUUUAUUGUUGCCAUAAAUAUAUAAACAAAUAGAAUUGUCCCAAUUGACACCAUGUUAUAUAUUGGCCCAUAAUUAGUCUAAACACUCUAUAAUGUGUAACUGUGCCGCUGCUGUUGGUUUUCCAGAGCAGACAAAAGGAGCUUUAAAAUAGACAAUGGGCAUUUUAUAGUCUGUGUAUUCGCCUACAAGACGGAGUUUGAGUAAAUGUUGUUUUUGUACCCUCUUCCACAACCCCCCUCCUCUUUUCCCCUACCCCUUCUUCCCCCAUGGCUGGUUUGCAGGACAGCUGCAGAGUCUGUUGGUAAACACUUUACUGAGUUAACAUUUUUGUUCAGAUCUCCUUCUCCCCUUCCUCUUUUUUUUUGAAUAAUAACACAAUGACAGCAUUGUUAAAGGGGGAUUUCAAUGAGGGGUCUCUGGGCAUGUUCCCAGCAUUGUCAAAGGAGUGGGAAAAAAAUAGCCCUGCCGGGAGAAUCAGACCAGAUUCAGACAGAUGCCUAAAUUGUCAACAAAGCCUCUUUUUUUCAGUGUCCCCCUAGACAAGGCCGGCUUGUUUGUAUGUGUGUGUGUACGUGUGUGUGUGACAGUGUAUAGCAUGCUUUAGUGCUGGUUGCAUGUCUGCCCAUGUUAAUUAGUUUCCUGCAUGUAUGUCUAAAAGGGUGGCAAAUAAUAUUUUGUCCCAGCACUAUGGGAAGCCUGUGUGAUAGGAAGGGGGGAUGGGCCUUGGAAAAUGCUGGAUAGAAUAGGCAGAUUUUUUUUUCUUUUUAUAAUAAACGGAAAUUUUAAAAUAGAAUGGCGGGGGAAUCCUGUAGUAUUGAGAGCUCAUUAUCAUUAUAUGUGUACUCUUCAUUAACCCCUUUUAUAUCCAGUUUUUCUAAGCUUGUUAGGCUGUUAUAUACACAAUCGUGCUGAAAUAUCUCAUAUUUUACAUGCUAUUUAACCAAUAUAAUAUGAAUGUAAAAUAGUUAAAUAGCAGUUUAUAGACAGUGAAAAGUCACUUGCAAUAAUUACAUUUGUCUGUGUAUCUUUGUAUCUAUCUGUCUGUCUGUCUAUCUGUCUAUCUCUCUGAUUUCCUGUCUUUUUUGUCUGUCUAUCAUUUUUCUACCCCUUCUAUAAUGUUCUAUCUUUCUUUCUGUUUAUCCGCUCCUCUGUCUAUCUUCAUGUCUAAUUUUCUCCAAUGAUCUAUUUUUUACAUAUUCAUACAUUAUAUAUAAAUGCAUUCCCAUGUCUGUGUAUGUGUGAAUCCACAUUACUUAUAUAAAUGUAUUCUCAUUCUUGUCUGUCUAUAAAUAUUUAUACAUUCAUACAUCAUAUAUAUUAACUGAUUCAUCUUUGUGUGUGUGUGUGUUUGUGUGUGUAUGUGUGUUUGUGUGUGUAUGUGUGUGUGUGUGCAUGUUUGUGUAUUUGGGUACAUUUAGUUUUCCCUGAUUACGAUUUUUUCACUUCCGGAGUUGGUAGGAAGGUUAACAAAUCUCUAUUGAUCAGCUUCUUAUAUAAGAUUAGAUUUUUUUUUCAUGCCUUAAAUUAACUUUUGUAGCAUGAUUUGCCACAGUUGUAAAUGUCCAAGAUUCUCUUUGUUCAUCAGCUGUCAUGCAUUCUUACUACCUAGAACCAUCUGAAAUCAUAAAUCCUCAUACUAAAUAAUGGAUAUCCAUUAAUCUACCAGAGAUUAAAAUGCAAGGAACGGCGUGCAUAAAGCCCAGGGACCAGCUAAUUAUUUUGUCCUCUGAACUUUUUUUGGAAAUGAAAAAAAAUAUAGUUUAAAUGAGGAGUUGUUAGGUUUUUAAAGGAACUAGGAAUAACUACAGACUUGCUCAGUCUGCACAGGACAUCAAUACAAUACAAGAGGCUGACAUUCCAUAUUACCGGAUGUAAUUUUAAGUCCAGCAUUGUCGUAUUUUAAUAACAUUUUACUUCACCUUUGUUUUACAACUUUUUUAUUUUGGCCUAUAUUUUGCAAGUUGGUUUUCAAUUCACCACAAUUCACGAAAGGGUUAUGAGACACAGGGUUAUUAUGUGAAUUUUGUAUUGCUAAGUAUUUUUAGGCUAGAGUAGUCAAAUCGGAAAAAAAAUCCAGUUUAUUACUGUUUCAUGUUCUGCUAUUUUGGCCUUAGAAAUUUACUUUGAAUACUCUUUGCAGACUGGCUAGACUUGCCCUGGAGCAAAUACACAUACAUAGAGCGAUGGUAUCAACGCUGUCUCAAAGGCCUGUUGAAAAGGCGUUUGCUUCUUUGGACUUUCUGUUUUUAAAGUCACUUCAAAGCAACUUAAACCUCGUUACCUUAGGUGAAAUAUCAUUUUAAAUAAAUUAAAGUACAUAUGAAAAAAUAAAUGAAUAAAUAAAAUAAUAAAUUGUACAUAUGAAAAAAAGCAGAUUACUUUCCUGAAUAUGGUCAUUUUUAAAAUUAAUAUAAAUGACCCUCAAAAGUAGAUGAUUGUAAUUCCUGCGAGUGGUCUGCAAGUUUCUCCAGGUCAUGUGAAAACUUCUGUGUCCAGUUGAGUGUUAACUAGUAUCUACGUUUGUGUAUUAUUUUAGUUUGCAAGCUAGCUUUUCAGAUUAAGGUAUUAUGUGACUUCGAUUUUGUUCUGACACUUUUAAAUAAGAAUUUCUAUCAGGGAUAUUCACUAAACUGAGAGUUCCAAGUGAAUUUCAAGUUUAAAGCCAAAAUAGCCAAACUGGAGUCAGAUAUGCUUUCGUUUAGCUACCUUAGCCUUAAAUUUAAAUUCUCAUUUUAAACUGUGUUUGAAGUGAUGCCCCUUGUGCUUUAAACCCUCUAGUGGUGGUAUGUCCAACCUGUGUUAAUGUAGACAUCACACUCUGUUUGUAAAUCCAAGUGGAGAGAUGGCUGGUACUAUUAUGUGUACUAUUCAGAGUGUGAACUAUAAGAUUUGUUCCGCUUGCACCUUCAUAGGUAAGGCUUGUUUUACAAAUGUCAUGGACAUAUUUGUAACUGUUUAGUAAUACAUGCAGAAGAACAGAAUCAUUGGAAAUUGGGUUUAGAGAAAGCAUAGCCAACUUAGAGCCGUGGUGCAGACAAAAUAAAGAUGGAAGAUAAAAAAAUAAAGACAAAAGGGUGGAGGAACUGGGUACAAGCACUGGGAAAUAGGGCCUGAUCAGGAAGAUGAAAGCACUUCAAGCUGUCACUAUAUUUGAAGAGCUACUGUAACCGUCAAAUUGUGAAGAGAUUGGCAGAGCACUUCUUAAUUUAUGCCUGCUGCUAUUGUACAGAUGCCUGGCUUUAAUUUAUUCUAGGGAGCAAAGGGAAAGAAAGUGGGGGUUGUUUUUUUUUUUGUUUUUUUUUUUGGUGGAGGGAUUGAAGCAUGUAUAUCAAUAAGGGCUGUACAGGACAGAGCAGAUUCUCUCCCUCUCUCUGCUGCCAUGAAUUCAUUGUGUUCAAACUGUGUGUGUGUGUAUUCAGUAGGAAAGAGCAGCAGUGUUCACUGGAAGCUGGGUCUCCCUCCUCCUCUCUCAUUGGAUUAAGGCAGACAUUUUGAACUGUGGGCAUAUAAAACAAGCGGUCGUCCGAUUAGUGAUUUAGAACGUUGACAUGUGUGCAGUGCAAUUCAAUAUGUGCCUUGCCAAUACUACGCCGUUUACAUAUGGACUGUUUCUCAGUUUUUCCAUAUUAUACAUUAAAAUACGAAAAGUGUUAAUCGGUGUCAGCCUGUUCAGAGAAUAGAGCCAUUGCAAACCUUCAAACUGAAUUUUAAUCUCAGCCAGGGAAGGAUAAAUAAAUACAUGUACACACCACUGAUAUGCUGGAUAUUUGUACCUUUUAUUUAUACAGUGAUGGCACAUACUGAAGCUCUCCCUGCAUAUCAUUUGUUGUGUGCACACAUUGUAUGCUUCUUUGUCUGUGGCAACACAAUUCUAAAAAGACAGAUCUCUUAUAUGGUUCUAUCUUGCACGUGUUCAUCGUUUGGAUAGGCUUCAGGAAGACAGACACAUGGAGGUUUGAAGAUUGUCUUCUAUAGUGGGAUACGAGUAUUCAUUAAGAAGUUACCUGCAUGUUUCUGUGAUAUAGAUUCUGCUUUAUAUUUUGGGCUCCUAAUAAGAUGUAGUCCAGUGUCUUGCUGAUAAGAUUAUGUUUACUGGUUGACGUAGACACAGGUGUGUUAAUGCUGUUUCUAGCACAUCAUCGUUGACUUUAAUCUUUUACCAAUCAUAUUGCUGCUCUGACCAGUUCCAUAAUAACCUAUGUCUUUAUGACUUGUUAUAGUUCUAAGCUAAGUUUUCUUAGCUUACACAAUCUUGUUCAAUGUAUAACAUUUGCCAUACCUUUAUAUAAAAGUCUGAAGAGAUCCCACCGAUGCCAACAAUAUAUUUUAGCAUGUCAAGGAUAAUGUGGAUUUCUGCUCUGGAAGCUAGCUGUACAGAUAAAAUCACCAAUGAGUCUUAUUUUAAAUCCAAUAUUUUUACCCUUUUAUAUGGGAUCUACAUUUCUCAGUCACAUGCUAUGGACGGUGGUUUAGGUCAAGGGUUAGCAGUGGGCAAAGGCAUAUCAAUUACCAACACAUGGGCACGAUAUGAAGAAAAUCCAUCCCAUUAGAGAAUUUCCAUAUCUACAAUGAUAUAUGCAUAUUGGAUUGAGGUUACAUCUUGGAUUCACAAGGACAAUUCCCACGUGUUAAACAUAGUUUAUUACAUGUUCUAUGACCUUGUUUUUCUCUCUGAUUGUUGUCAGCCUAUUUCUGGUCAUCGGGUGUAAAGAUUAGGCUAAUGUCCCAUAGAUGCAUCCUACCAAAUGAUCAAGACUCAAGUGUGUACCGUAAAAUCUAGAAACAAAAUGUCUAGAUAUAGAAAACUAUUAAAAAAUGAUGGGAAAUUUUUUUUUUAUAAAUGUAAAAUAUCAUAUAUUGUAGGUAUGAUAAAACGUAAAAAACAAUUACACUAUGUCUGAGCACAUCACACAAUAUAUUUUGUUAAGAGAUUUCUUUUAAUGGAAUGAUGCCUUAAUGUAAUAGAAUAGUGCUUUCCUUAUAACGCGUUUCUUAUGGUUUUAAUGGGAAAGCUAUGAAUGUAUGCACUAAAAUAGUUUUAAAAAUAUGUACUGUCUGAGGCCUUUUUGUGGACUCUAUAUAUGUGCUCCUUAUGGGAGUAGGCAGUCCAAUGACACAGUUAUUAGAUCAGUAUAAUAUUUUAUUGGAAAAUAGUGGCAAUUUCUAUCUUCAUGAUAACCCAUCAUGAAUUGAGCUGUUUGGAAAAAUGAAAUACUAUUUUAGCUUUGCAUACAUUUUUCUACCAAGAUCAUACAGCAAUUGUAUAGGACCCAUAUUGCAAGAAUUUCAUUUAUAAUAAGAUAUGAAAUAAAGUCACAAUGAAUGGCAUUAUAUUUCUCUUUAUAUUUUCAUUUCCACACAACAGAUAUAAUCAUAUAUUAGAUUGUUUUGUAGGUAGCCCUCCACUGGAGAAACCUUGUGUAUGAGUAGUGAAUUAAUACAUGCGUGAAAAAUACCUCUGCAACUGAAUUGCAUUUAGGGUAAUAAUCAAACUGAGAAACACAUACAACUCAAUGAGUGGACAAACGAUAUAAACCAUUAUAUUUAAAAUAUAGCCUUAUACUGAGAACUGACAUUUAAAUGAAUAGUAUUUUGUGUAAUAAUGAAAUAUAAUGAAAGCAAUGCUGUACCACAAGUGAGAGAGGCUUUGUACUAUUGUUUAUGCAUCAAGUGUUUGGUAGAUGCAACAACUAUUGUAGUCCGGUGACACACCUGCUAUUAGUGCAUAACAAUUUUUUAUGCUAGCUGUGGUUUAAAAGCAUAUCAAGUGACAUGGGAGGCUAGCUGGCCCCGCUUGACAAGUCAUUUAAAUCUCCUACAAAUUGCUUGGGCAGCACUUCUUAAAAAGCCAUCUCAAAAGGGGCAAAUAAUUUUUUUUUUUAAACUUAAAUGUGAAAAACAAAAACAAAUGAAACCUGUGAAUUCAUCUUCCGUGCUAUUUGCAGAGAAUUUAUAGGCAUAUUCUGUGAUAUUAAUACAAAGUCUAAUCCGAAUGGGAAUGUUCUUUAAACAAUUCAGAAAGGACAAUUAUUAGUUUGUUGUUUAUUAGAAAGAUUUAUCAUGGAGGUACAAUUAUAGGAGGUGAAAGGGGAUUUUUUUUGUUGUUUAAAUGAAUGGUUUGCAAGCGGUGUAAUAUUUAAUGAGAAUUUGGUGGUUUGUUUAGCUGGAUAAAGUUUAGAAGAAUAUUGAUGAAAAUAAGAAAUCUAAACUCUGACUUAUGCUUUUUCCCAUGACACAUAUUCACUGCUUAGACUUUUCUAUACCUAUUAUCUCAGUUGGUUCUAAAGGAGAUUUGAUAACAAGAGACUGGGAAUAUCUGAUCUCCCAGCUAUCAGAAAUUAGUUGUUUGUGAGAUUUAUAGUCCUUAAAAGCAACAGUGAAAGAGAAUAAUUUUAAUAUGGACUAUGUUUGCUUUGAUGCAGCAUGGUCAAUGUAUCUGGAGGACUGUUAUGGGGGUUAUUCACCAAAUUGAGACGACAAAGUUAUUUUUAAAUUUAAGGUAAAUGUAGCCACAAUGGGAUGAUUCUCUUAUGUUAUAUUUUCAGUUCGGCAUCUUUGACUUUAACUACAAAAUUUACUUUAAAUGCACUAUGAAUUCUCACUUUAGUAAAUAAGUAUGUUUGUCACUGUUAGCUAAGAUUUUCCAUCUUACUUUCAGGAAGUUCUCCAGUAUCUGUGACCUUAAAGUGACACUCCAAACUCCUAGAGCACCUUUGCUUGCUAGAUAGCUUUAUAUGUGAAGAGUGUGUCCUAUUUUUUUAAUUUUGGAAACAGUGCAAAUUUCAGUAGAUAUUUACACGUUUCUAAGUUAUACUGGUUACACCCCCUGACUUUUAAAGCACACAACAGGUCCUGUUACUUCCUGGUUUGGUUAGCCCAUUUGCACUGAACUCAAGAGGCAGCAAUUGCCCAGCGCACCUGCCUUGCAAAUACUUCUCAUUGAGCUGCAUUGGGCAGUCUAUGAUUGGACAGCCACAGGAAGUCUGGACGGGAUUAGAAGGGGAGGGUUUGCAAAGGCUACAGACAAGAGAUUUGGGGGUUUUGCAAGCUGUUUUAGAUAUAUCUCCAAUGAUAAAAUGCAUAGUUACAUGCAUGCAAGUUUUCAUUGGGGAUAUAUGUACUAAACAGUGAUUUUGAUGUAUUAUGUAUUUCGGUGGUGGAGUAUCCUUUUAAUUGGUGAUGCCAACAAAUAUAAAUGAUCUUGAAUUUUGUAAUUUAUGCAAAGUCUUCAGCACUGGCACAAAAUUAGCUAGUAAAAAAGUAAAAAAUAGUAAAUAGUAAUAAAGGAAAACAAAAUACUAUAUGAAACCAAUCAAUCAGCUUGGGCACCUUUAAAUGAUCUUUUCUAGUCAUUAACUGAUGUAGGAGAAAUGGUGUGAAGCAUUGGAUUAACUCACAAAAUUGCCAGGAGGUGAUUCCUAAAUGGAUUCAAAUGCCCUUGUUAUGGGUUGGUGUAUACUGUUUACUAUUUGCAUAAUAAAAUAAUACUAAAGUAAAGUAAUUAACCAGAAAAGGUACAUUUAUCUUUUUGUUUCCCAAGUACAUCCUGGGGUGUAGAUUUUACGCUGCGUGACAUUAAAAAGUGUUGAUGAUUUAUGAUUUAUAGCUUUAGCCAUAUCCCACAAGAAAGUACUUUGCUAAAAUGGCUGUUGUAUAUUCAUGUCAUUUUAUAAGAGCCUAUUGUGGGAGGUAUGUUGGCCUUUAAUGUUCAGUGUCACACUGAAUUAUUUUUACAAAACUCUUGUCGUGAGGUAUUUAUUAAAUCAGCUGUGGCUACUUUGCGCCCAUUGGCCUGGAAUGCUGCAAUACAAGUGCUUGUUGCCAGUCUGUGCUGCAGAUAUGCCUGUUAGCUGCAUCCAAUCACUAGAGAGAUACCUGUAGGGUUAACUGUAUCCGCUGAUGGUAGGCUAAAGGAAAAUGUAGAGUACCAAAAAUGGAAUGAACAAAAGCCUCAUGUGUAUACAAAAUAUAUAAUAUAGGUCUGCAUAAAAUGGAUUGCUUUCCUUAAAGACACGUUAAUUUUAGGUAUCACAUAUACAAGUGUGGUUACAGUUUAUAAAUGUAACGGUGGGAUAUCUAGUGUGGAUAUUGGAUAUCUGAAUAUAUACAGUGAAGGAUACAGAUAGACAGACAGAUAGGGAGAGAGAGAGAGAGAAAGAGAGAGAUGUUUUAGAGAAAUAUGUUGGGAAUCAGAUAUACAGUAUAUAAAAACAUACAUGUAUGUUUUAUAGCUUGAACUUUAAUUUUGUGUAGAGUGUGUAUUAUAGUUUUUUUUUUUUUAAGAAUUCUGCUCAAAAUAGCAACAGCAGAUUUAAAAAAAACCAAAAAAAAACGUCUUCAUGGAAAAUCCUCUCCUAUAAACCUUUCUGUGCAAAUGGCCGGUCUUUUUACUCUUGUCUUGUUGCACUUAUGAAACAUAAAUUGCUUUGUAAAGUCUUUACCACGUUGAUCUGCAAAAGAUGUGCCUGUGGGGAUAAAAUUUCCAUAUGAGAAAGCUGCUUAAUGAAUAUGUGGAUAAUGUGUUUUCUCCGGAAAGGCUGGUUGGCCCAGUUAAAGUCACGUAAUCAGGCUAUGCCUUGGCUUUGGCCAAAUAGGAUUAACCCCUUCAGUGCACUGGGCAACUAGCCAGGGUUAUCAACAGCGCACAGCUAUACGUGAACAUGACUUUGUGGUAUUAGUUCUUUAUUUCAAGGGACCUAACAAAAAAAAAUGCAAAGUGAUCGUUUAUACAGGAACACAAUUAUGCAUUCUCUCUCUCUUUCUCUCUCUCUCUUUGUCUUUAUAUAUGUAUAUGGUGUGUGUGUGUGUGUAUGCAUAAAACAUAUACAGAUAUAUAUUGGAAUAAAUUCAUUUUUUCCCCUCAUUAAUUUAAUUACUAUCUAUAGUGUGCUAAAACUAACACUUGUAAAUAUUUUUUUUGUCUGUUGAGGUGGCCAUCUUAGAAUUGCAUUACAAUUUCCAAUCCCUUACUGGCACUUACAGAUAAAAACAAAUGACAGCAGAGAUGUGAGGUCAAUAGCCUAUAAGAAUGUGAUACUUUAAAAAGAUCCCAUCAUUCUCCCAUGUAAGAAAGAAGUAAAGGUCGUGUGGGCUCCCAGUUAGUAUUUGAUGCCCCAAGAGACAAAAAAGGUUUAAGAUUCCAUAGAGCCACAGGCAGGCUUACCUCUCUGGGGCACCCCUUCUUUCUUCACUCAUGAAUGGUGAAUGGGGCCAAACAAAUUAAUAGAUACAGAUGCCCUGUCUAGUCUGUGGGCCCUUGGUGGACACCCAAGAUCACCUUAUGGUUAGCCCUGGUCUAACAAUGUUAUAACGGUCAGCUAACAAUCUUUUAUUUAUUUACUUUUUUUAAAUUAGAACAUAUUUUAAAAUUAUCCUUACAAGGCAUAGGCAAAGUUUAAGUGAUAUAUAUAUAUGAUGGUGAAUAAAAUGCCAUGGACGCAGCCAAUACAUGUACUUAUGAUUUUUCACUAAGUGUAGUUAAAGAGGGUGUAUCCUGUAAACCAUAAUGCUUUUAAUGUUCUAAUGUAUUCCUGUAGUAAUGUACAUUAUUGUUUCUGGUGCACUCCUCAUGGUGUGAUAGGGGGCUAUGUUUCUUCUGCUGUCCUGUUUUUGGCUGUCCCGCUCACUUUUUCUCCUCAACUAACCUUUCGUGGAAUAGGACUAUUCCAUGUGACCUAGAAUUGCAGUCAUUUGUCUUCUAUAUCAAGAGUCUUAAAGAUACAUAUCAACUGGAGAUGUUGUAGUUAAAAUAAGUGUCUUUCAAAGUGCAUUAAUUUACAUAGGGGAUCGGGACACAGCACACCGACGGGCGACCAGGGAACUGACACAACAUACUAAAUCAGACCCCUGACAUGCCUAUAACAGGAGACAGUAACCUGACAGCGGUCUAAACUACAUUACCUUACACACUCAGCAUGAUCCACCACAAAACGACUAGAUAAUUCCCGAACACCACAUACCGACUACUCACCCACUCCGAUACGAGGAGGAAAAGUGGAACCCAAGGAAGGACUCUUCUAGACCUACGAAACCUUUCUCCCCCCUUUCAUUUCUACUCUCUACUACAAUUACCUCCCCCCCCACUUAACCGAUCCAUGGCAUAGGAACACGGGAUCCACACUGGAUGACUAAAUGCGGUGUAUACAAUCACACAGGAGGUCGCGAUAAGAACAUGAAGUGUAACCAAUGGAUACAUAUAGGGUUCCAUCCCGAAUCUGACCAGUGGGAAAACACCCUCAUACCAUCUAAUUACACACCACAUAUAAACUAGUCAUGUCUUAUGCCUAUCUUAUUACGCAUUACCUUAAAGCCGCAAAUGUUACCUAUAGCAAUAAUUUGUUGGAUAUUAUGGACUGCUGUAUAAUGCAUGAUAUGUUAUGCCACCACGUUUUACAUGGAGGCCUGCGAGCCUCAUUUUCUAUGUCUCCUCUUUUAUUGAACUUUCAUCAAUAAAAUCAGAUUUACAAAAGAAAAAUUUACAUAGGGGAUUUAUCAAAGUGUCAUGAUCUGUAAACGUAAACUGGUGAAAAGUUCUAAAAGCGGGGGGGACAGUCACCAUGGAAACCAGUAGAACCAGCAGGCAAAUUCCAUUGGUGAUAAUUCCUCUUUUACAGCUUUGCAUCACCUUUUAGAUCACACAACAUUGAUAAAUAUCCAAUAUAUCCUAAUAGUCUACAUGGCUUUUGAGGGGAUAUAGGAAUGGGUACUAUAUUCUGCAGUAUAUUGACCAAUUGCCCCCGCAUACUGGGUAAGCUAAAAAGAGAGUAUUUCCAGGCUCUAUAGGGGUUCCAUAGUAUGAACCCUUACCACUCACGCACACAAAUGAUUUUAGCUUUAGACUCACUUAUCAGCGAAAUUCUAAGCUAAUUGGCUCUAGUUGAUAUUUCUACUCCUUGCUGGUUGCUAGGGAAAAGCUAAAGUAUUGGUUCGAACCAAGAUUUUUAAACUGGCUUCACUUCAAAGGUUAGUUGAUUUCUCAAUGUUCAUUUAAGAGCCCCCCAGGGUGCAUCUAGAACCUGGAAGUAACCUCUUCUUAUUGAAGUGAAGGUUUGAAAACCAGUACAUUUUAUAGCUUUUCAUUUAGAUGGCUAAUGUGUAGUGUUGAGUCAUCAUAGACCUUUAGCAGAAUCAAAGCUCAGAGAGGGAUUUUACAAGGAAUUCAUGUUGAGUAUAAACAUUCAAAGCCCAAUGUUGUUUCAUUGUGGAACCUGCUAAAGUUAAACAGCAGAUAUGGAUCUACAUCGGACAUAGUUAUUCCUGAUAGGGGUAUUGUUGCAAGGAAUAAACAACAUCCUUCUCUUACAGCACCAAUUCUCAUCUUUCUCAUCCAGCCCUUAAGUAGUAUUGAUUAACCCUAUUUAAAUGUCCUGACAGGUACACUCGGUUAAGUCAUAUCACUCAUUUCUUCCAAUCCACAUUUCAUCAUGUUCAGGCCCUUGCCCUCUCUUUCACUGCCUGGAAUCCAAAGUGAAUUUUCAAUUUAAGGCCUUUUAGCCAGACUGAAAACAGAAUUGACUUUGAGAAUAUUUCUAAUUGGUGUAUUGGUCUAAAAUUCUCUUUCAAUUCACUUAGUAUUACAGGCAGUUCUUACUUUAGUGGAUAAAUCUGUUUGUGUUCUAGAGCAUGAGGAGUGUGUCAUCUGUACCAGAACUCCCUCAAGCCACACUAACACUCCUAAAGGGGUGCAGCUAAAAUUACAAGGAGCGGUGCAAUCCCCCCGCAAAUAUAAAAAUGACUGCUGGAAUAACAUUUUGAGUUGCUCAUGCAUUCAACUCAGCUGUGACUCCUUGUUAAUCUGCUCAUGUGGGCUACAAUCCCGAAAAGGCCUGUUAGCUUUGGGCCACUGAGAGAAGAGACAUUCCAGGCUGAGCACUGUUUAAAGCCGGGUGUCUGAUCCUUUGCAUGUUGCUGCAUCUCUUUCUGAUGAAAUCGCUGAGCAUGGAGAGAAUUCCCAGGGUUUAGAAGGAUUUGCUCAGAGGGCAGAACACGGGAAAAAUCACAACAGGGUGGUUUUGGAGCUCCAAGUUUGGGUAUUAGGAAGGGUUCUGCUGGAGUGGGCACCAAUCACUAGUACGUCAAAUGUAGAAAUUCUUGUAGAAUAACUAUUAAGCAACGUUAUUAUGCCUGUCAGUUAUUUGCUGUCAUAAGUUCCCACUAUAUAAUUAUAAUGUAAUAAUAAUGAUAAUAAUAUAAUUGAUGUGCUACAUGUAAUAGAUGUGCAUAUAUUUUCCUCCUCCUCCUUUGGUGUGUUGUGAUAAACAAAUAGCCCAAUAUAUGAUACCUCAAUCUGUAAUAGCAGUGUUUUUUAUUAUUAUUAAAAUUAUUAACAUUAUUAUCAGUAGCCGUUUUUUUAAGCACCAACACACUCAGCAGUGCUGUACAAUGGAUGAGUUUAUUAAUAAAUAAUCUUUAUAAAGCACUUGAUCAGUAGACUGUAUGAUAACUUUCACUUGGAAGAAGUGGGGUUUAUUAUAUAUAUAUAUAUGUUACGGCUCUCCCGGCAUAAAGGGGUUAAACUGCCGUUUAGUAGAGUUUCCCUUUUUGGGGAGGUACAGGUACAGCUACUGUAGAACCCCAACUCCCGAACUGGAACCAGGGAAUGCUCCAAACUCCCGAACAUUAUACCCAGUAGUACUCCAAACUCCUGAACGGUAAUCUCACGAAUAGCUGCUAACAGACGAACACACACAGCAUCCAAGCAGCUUACAUUCCCAGCAAUCAGUCUCUAACCGCGCACAGUAAAUCCCCUCAAUCACGAGACCAAGCUCCGUAUUGAGGGUAAAACAGGAUUCUGGUUUAUUGAGGGCAACCUGCCCGGUAUUUAUGCAGGUCUCCCACCUGGUGGACACUCCCCUAGGGGACCAGAUGGAAGACUGUAACACAGACAGACAGGUAUCACAUUCAGACACAGAAGUAAAACAUCCCCACAAUGCAUCCUAAUUUCCCUCCCUCUAUCCUGGAGAUAAUUGGGAAGUAAUCCAAUUAUCUCCCAGGACAGAGGCAAAUCUCCAUUAUACACGUGGGGACACAGAGACAGUAAAAUACAUUAAAACAUAUAAUAUUACAUUUACUACACCAACCCCAUACAUAAGCGCACAUAACUACAGAAUGGCGCUCAGAUCACACACAUACAGUUCAAUUGCCAUGGAGCCAAAGUCUUUAAUUACACAAAUAGGCUCCAUGGCAUAGCUAUCUGGGUUAAAACAUUCACUUAAGUAAAGUCCCGAUCAAUCCAGCGUUCAUUUAAACAACCGAAAUAUAAGCAGGGAAGGCUGGAGGCUCAGCGGUGCCUGCACGUAAAAGUAUCCGCUUUUAGUGCACUGUUUCUGGGCUGAGCACUGCUGGCUGUCCGGGGAGCUCCAUAACACCGCCACCGGGUGGCGGCUAUGUGUAACCGCGACCACCCAGUACAGUCAAUUAAGCUGCGGUUAACCGCAGCUACUGGGUGGUCAAUUGACGGCACACGCUAGCUUCCCGGUGGUCGCGCCUUUGUGCGGCUUUCGGUAAUUUAACAGGGGAACACAUAGGGACUGUACAGUCAGGGAAAUAAACCAAACAUACAGACGAAUGGAGGGAAAAUAAAUGUAAUCCAUAUACAGACAGUUCUGUUACAAUAUAUAUAUAUAUAUAUAUAUAUAUACACACACACACACACACACACAGAUAUCCCCUUUUUAUUAUUAUAUUCCUGGGAGCCUAGACAAACAGAAACAGACUGAUUCUGAGGGCUUGCCCACAUGCUUACAAUCUAAAUAUGAACAGUUAUGUGGGACACAAAGAGUGUAUUUUAAAUAUAUCAGACCAAAAAAGAAAAUAAAUGUAUAGCUGCAAUGUCAGCCCUGUGUCAGAACAAGGAAUCAUCUAUAUAAUUACUUUACACACCUUCUCACCUAUAAAGAAAAAAACAGUUUAAAAAAUGUUUACCACAAUCUAAAAACUAGUAUACUAGCAUGUAGGCUACAAUUAUGCCUUCCAUUACAGGUCUUAUGAAUAUCUUAAUCAUCUGGAGCUACAUUUAGUCCCUCUGCCUCCUAGAGAGAUAAUUUACAUGAGUCUAUAAGAAGUACAGUGCUGCUGAAUAGUAGCUGCUGAAGGAUGAGGCAGAAGGCAUCAAAGCACACAUUACAUUGAAACACUUGGUUUUACACUGUGCUGGCAUUUUGGGAAUUUCCUCUACCCAAAGUAUCAGCUUACUCUUUACAAAUACUCACGUGCAGGGUUUUUCACCAUCUGCGUUUAUAUUUUUGGAAUACUUAGUGUAGCUUAUUAAAAUUAAAUUUCUAUUUCUGCGAUUAUAUUUCAGAAACCACAUGAAGUAAUGCAAUACGAUGAAUAUAGCACAAUGUAUGUGUUACGUAUCUACAAACGUGCAAUAUUUCUGGGAACUAUGAGUGCCUACAUUACAUAUUAGUUGUGGAUGUUGUAUUCCAAAUGAAUGUUAUGAUCAUGUUUUAUAUCUUAAUAAAACGUGUUCAUGUUAGCUUCCUUUUCAUGUGUUUGGUACAGAGCUAUUUUUAGUCUACUUACAUUGAGCAAGGGCUGGUGUAGGGAGUUAAUACAUGUUUUGAGUAUGGAUACGUUAGCAGAAUUGCCAUGAAGACAAUGUGAAACGUUUCCUUUUCAAAGGGCUCUGUUAUUGUUCUGUAUAUCAUUCUAGAACUGGUUACCCUUUAGCAAUCCUUUUUAGAUUAUUACUUACAUAAAAAAAAUUCCCACUAGACAGACUCUGCCAUGUGCAAUAUAUUUCCAUUUAUAUAUGUUUUCUAACUGAUAAUUAGUCCAGGUUCUUACCUAAUAACGGGCAGAUACUGUUUUUGAUAAUUAUAAUAUGAUGCUCUUUUUGGUCACAGCUCAUGGCAACUACUAAAUCGUACAUGGUUGGGAUCUGUUUUCGGAUCCCUAAUUAUAUAACAGUUAUUCUGUUAGUAGAAGCCAGGUGACAUUCAAGCAUUACCAACUCAUAUGCAUAAGAGGUAAUGGACCAACAAUUCAAUUGCAUUUGCAGUUCAAUUGUUUUCCAGUGCCAAUGUAUGCACUGCGUGGGCCACCAAGUUCAGGUCGGUUUAGUAGAAUCUUGCCACAGGUGGAUCCUUCCAUGGAUUAUAUUCACUAAACAGUGUCAUAUGCUUUAAUGGAAAGUGAUAUUUGUAAUUGGAAGGUAACAUAUACCAAUUCAGAAUGCUGGUAGAUCUGGGAAGUUUUUUAUUCCCAGUUUUAUUGGCUUGAUUUUACCAGGGAGGAAUUUCAGUUCACCUAAACUUACUGUUUAUUGAAUAAGCACCUACAUUCACAUAAAAUCUCAGUCCUCACUGUGGCCAAAGAUGGCUCUGUGAAAUAAUGUGGCAGGCCAUUAUUUGCAACUAUAGAAUUUGCUAAGGUCCUACUUUAUGUUCUGCCAGUGCUGCCUAUCAUUCAGAUUUGUCAUUCAUUAUAAUUUAAGAUUUCUGAAAACUUAGUUUCCAAUAUAUGAAAGCCUGUGUACAGCGUGUUCUCCAUCAAUAGAACCCUCCUCAAAAUCAACACCUCGGGUGAACCAUCAAGUGACUAAAAACUAAUGGUUUUGAUGCAGUAUGGCCAAAUUACACAUCUAAAAUCUUUGGAUUUAUGGAACAGAAUGCAUUAGGGACUUGGAAAAAAGAGUGUAAUGAAUAUUCCUCUGUGAUACACAUAGUCUCAGGGGAUAAAAGUGCAUAAAGAUGGAUUUUUUAAAAUACAUUUUUUUACAUUCACCUACACUUUGUUACAUUAGAAGCUAUGUUCAGCCUCUACUCCCGUGCUAGGGUUUUUAUUUUAGAAAAUUGAAAAGGGUCCUGGUAUCUCCAUCUCAUUUUACACAUCCGUAACACGUCUCCAGCCUGCUUCCCUGUGUAUCACAGACAAGGCUUUGACCUGGGUUCCUUCUCUGCUUGGUUGCUGGGGGAGCUGCUAGGCAGGCCUGAAAUAUUCACAGAAAGGUCUGACCUGUCAACGUGUCUAAGAUGAACCAUUGGCCAGUUCCCCUGCAGCUGGGCUCAGACAUGCCUGAGCCCUUGUCUGGGGCCUGGGAAUAGCAAAGCCCAAUGAGGUUCAAGGGCAAACUUGAUAUUCAUUUGUCAGGGGCCUUCAUGUUCCCACUCUUCUCCUCUUGCCUUUUUUCUCUCUCCAUCUUUUGACACAUUCCUGUGUGUCUUUGGGAGAGGAAAAAAAAGCUUUCCUCCUCCUUUUUCUCUCUCUAUUUGUUCUUACACCAUACCAUGCAUAAACUGUGCCAUGAAACAGGGACACCUCCAGGUCAUUGUCUACAAGAAGUCUUUCAAAUGAAGGAGGCCCAGUCUGCAGGCCUGUCUGGGCUGCUCCAUACAAUUCUGCUCACACUUUAACUGACUAAAUAGUCUUUUCAACUUGACCAUGCACACAGCCUUUGCAUCUGGGAAGAUUUUUUCAUUUUAUUUGCACCUUUUCUCCAGAGGAUAUUUCUUUUGUUGCUGCGGUGAUAUUAUAUCUUCACAAAUACCUUAUAAAUAUUAUGAUCUUUCAAUUUAUAUGUCUAAUCGUUAUUUCCCUGCGUCUAAUAAUACCCCACGGAUUCCUAUGUAAUUUCAGAUUUUUUGGAAAGUUUUGAAUAUAUAUUAAUAUGUUUGAUAAAUAUAUAUGCACAAUAAACAUUCUAUUUAUCUGUCUGUCUCGGUUUGCAUCAAGGUUAUCAUAAAAUUUUAUUUUCUUAGCUGGGGAGGAUAUGCGAUGUAAAUAUCCAAUCUGUUAUUUUAUGUAGUUAUAAAGAAAAUCGUAUGGUUUCUGUUAAGCUAACUCCCAGCAAUUAUCCAAACCAAGCAGCACGUGUUAUUAGUUUAAAAAUUAUUGUUCUUCCCUCACUAGGCCCCUGUUAAAGAAUAGAGGUGAAAUUGUACUAAGGAGUUAGCAGGGGAGAGAGCAGCUUUUGGACACAUUUAAAUCUGAGGGUUUUAGAUGAGGAGGGAGUAUAAAAAGCAUCUAAUUUACAUAAGCAGCAUGUGUCUGCCCAAGAGAGAAAGAUAUCAGGGGCUGCAAAAUUUAAUCUAGACUUGAAGGAAAAUAAGUGAGAGAGAGAAAGGGGGAGGGGAGGGAGGAGGGAGGGAAAGGGCUGCUAGUGAAAGGGGUUUAGCUAAGUAACACCCUGGAGAGAUUAAAUUGUCCAGAAAGUUUCUCCCCAUGAUUUUGUGAAAUGGGCAAUGGGGUGUACAGAAGGGGUGGGUUAGCUACACCUCCCUAAGUGAAUGAAAAGGAAAUAGGCAAAGAAAGAGAUCUUUAUUAGUCAGAAAAGGAGAGAUGUGUAAGAGCUUAGGAAAUUAAAUGUGUGCCUACUAUUUCCUAGGGAUGCAAUAAACCCACAGAUAAUAUUUUUCUCAGAGGCUGAUUGUUUUCCCAUAGUAAAAAAUAUGAUGUGAAAAAAUAGGACUACACUGUAUUGCAGGCUGGGCCUAGGUUAUGUGCCAGAUAACCUAAAUAUUUUGCAAGCAGUCUAUACCAUGGUGUAAUAUCUUCUUGUCCUACAAUGGUAGGAUGUUAGAUGUUGUUAAAAAUGAUAAGGAAUACUGAUUGGGGAAAUAAGUCUUAUAUCCCAACCAUAAGGGGUUAAAAUGUAUCCUUUGCAAUAAUAUAUGAUUUACAUAUGUCUGAUAUAUUUGGUUGUUAUGGGUUUAGAUAUAAAGAGAAAUUCUGGGGCAAAAUUCUAAAAGUUGAUACAUCCAUAAGAACAGUCUGUUUUGGUUUCCAUGGUGAUUCAUCUACAUUUAGAAUGUUGGUCCAGGAUUUGUUUUAAUGCAUAUCAGUCACCAGUUGUCUCCUUUGUAGGUCUUCAGUAUGGGAAGCAUCAUUUAAGGCAGAAUAUUUUUUUUCCUUUGCAAAUCCAACCGAUUUGCAUCAUCCAGGCCAAAUAUUAGUCUAGUUUUAACAAACAUAUCAACUAGAUGAAUGAGAAUUUAGUUUCUUCCCAAAUCGGCUAUUUUGAUCUGAAAUUUAUUUGUCAGAUUAUUUCAAACUCCCCUGUAUUCCCAUUUUCUAAUGAGAGACAAACAAUGUAUCGUAUCUAGUAAACAUUUUUGGAAAUGUGUGUUUGCGUGUGUUUUGAUUCCCCAUGACAUUGACCUGUUUAUAACUUUAAAAUUAAUGUCCUCAUAUAAUAUCAGAUCUAGGCGUGGGCAGCCAGGACUGAGCUCUGUAUUUAUAUUAUUUGUAGUACUAUGUAAAUGAUUUAAAAAAUCAAAUAUAUAUAUAUAUAUAUAUAUAUAUAUAUACACACACACACACAAUAGGAUUGAUUUGAACCUAAAUCCUGCUCUGAGGAUUCUGCAGAUAACAACACAGGAUUUGGGUUGUAGGAAAGUCCUGGUCAAUACUUGCUGCAGGGGGUCCAAUCCCUGAUGUUUAAAUCUUGACAAAGUUAACAUAAAGAUUAAAACAUCACAAAGUGCUCUGUGUAGUCAGUGUGACAUGCAGACUAAUCCUAAUGUCCGGGGGUCUUCAGAUGCCAGACACACACUCUCUGUCCACAAGACAAAUUCGGACUUUGGAGAUUGUGAUAAAAUUCUCAGAGGGAAAGGAUUUAGCAGGGGAUAAAACAUAUCCAUGGUGAGAAAGUGCUGUCCUUGAAAUGUCUCCUAGACAAUUCCUGUCCAGGGGCACAUUAUCUGCCUUGUUCUCUUAAUUGAAUAGUUCACAACUCUGGCUCAUGAUGGCUUGUGUUUACUUGUUAGUAGUAAUAAUAUAACUGAUUGUUGGCCAUCUUUUUCUUACAGGUCCCAGGAAUGAUGCAGUGACCUACGUCUCUGGCUAA